UAAGCUCAAAUUUGAAUGUGUGGGGCCAAUGCACUGCCAGACAGAGUCAGUGAGGCAGCAGGACUUGAGGCAAGCCUUCCUUGGCCUAAGACUAAGAAAAACACCCUGGAAUCCACAAUGGACAGCCUCCUGAUGAAGCAGAGGAAGUUUCUCUACCAUUUCAAGAAUGUCCGCUGGGCUAAGGGUCGCCAUGAGACCUACUUGUGCUACGUGGUGAAGCGGCGGGACAGUGCCACCUCCUUUUCAUUGGACUUCGGUCACCUUCGAAACAAGAACGGCUGCCACGUGGAACUGCUCUUCCUCCGCUACAUCUCCGACUGGGACCUGGACCCUGGCCGCUGCUACCGUGUCACCUGGUUCACCUCCUGGAGCCCCUGCUACGACUGCGCCCGGCACGUGGCCGACUUUCUGAGGGGGUACCCCAACCUCAGUCUGAGGAUCUUCACCGCGCGCCUCUACUUCUGCGAGGACCGCAAGGCCGAGCCCGAGGGGCUGCGGCGCCUGCACCGCGCGGGCGUCCAAAUCGCCAUCAUGACCUUCAAAGAUUAUUUUUACUGCUGGAAUACUUUUGUGGAAAAUCGUGAAAAAACUUUCAAAGCCUGGGAGGGGUUGCACGAAAAUUCAGUUCGUCUAUCCAGACAGCUUCGACGCAUUCUUUUGCCCCUGUAUGAGGUUGAUGACUUGAGAGAUGCAUUUCGUACUUUGGGACUUUGACAGCAGCCUCCAAGAAUGUCACAUAUUAUAAGCUAUCUCUGAAGACAAUGGGUAAAAGGACGAUCUUUCAAGAAGUCUGUUUUUCUUCAACUCUCACUUCCUUAGAGUUUAGAGAAAAAAAUAUUCGUAUACAGGGCUUGUUUAAAAAACAUCUGGAAAGUGGACCAGGAGCACAGGCCCACCGAGGUAGCGGUGCAACCGGUGCAGGUUUUAAUGCAACAGCGCCCUCUACUGUGAAAUGACAGAAUUGCAGGGCCUGGGAGCGCCUAAAGUGUCCUGUUCUAUGACUUUUAGGCUGGGAGGAAACAGAAGGUAACCCCCUAAAAGCAUGGUGAGAAGAUCAAAUAUUUUUGUAAUCAGUUUCCUCUAUUAUUCGUUCUGAGUUUUUCAAGGAUAUUACUGAUACAUUUUUGUACUCUUUGCCUUUGGGGUUCACUUUCAAGUGAACAGACCUCCACCAGUCCAUGAUCUAUGUAGAACCACCUAAUGAAAGACUCUGGGUGAUUGUAACCCCCAAACAUCUUCUCAGAGCAUUAAUAUCUAAGCAUGUGCUGUCUGUUUUAAUUGUGUGAGGCACGUUUUCCUGUUUGUACACACAACGGUUUUUUUCUUGGUAUGGAAUAUGCGCGAUCACCUUCAGGCUAUUUUAUAAUAAAGGAUCUUAAAAUGAA